UCCCUUUCGCCGGGGACGCAUCUGCUUACACAGGUUUUACAAAUAAAAACGUAUAAUGAAACUGGUUUGAAGGAACGGAAGAAAAAAAAAAGUAGCAAUAAAUAUUUAACUAUGUGUAUCUCUUCCCUUUGACUGGUUACUCGGAAUUACCUCGUCAUCUCCACACUUAAGGUAUUAAAGCCGCCUUUCACAGUCUGAGCGGCGCGCUGCUGCCGACACACGGGCGCUGAACACAUCAUCCUCCCGGUGCCGGCGCUGGAGGUUCGGCGAGAGAAGCCUGGAAGGUUCCGAACCGCCGCUAAGUGAUGUCUGCGGGAACCUAUCAAAAGCAAAAGAGCCGAACCCGCGUCUACAGGACCGCAACGGAGGCGGGGCGCUCCGGCACUUUAAAGUUGGGAAACUUGGGUGGCGCGGAGCUUUUGCUCUGCAUCUGCGGAGGACCCGAAGCGCUGCCGGGACUCUUAUCACACGUUAACUGGACUGAGAUCAAUCUUAUUUAUGCAAAAUGACCUCCAAGUGUCCCAGAUGCGAAAAGCCGGUGUUUUUUGCUGAGAAAGUGAGCUCCCUGGGCAAGAACUGGCACCGAUUCUGCCUGAAAUGCCAGCGCUGUAACCGGACUCUGUCGGCGGGCGGACACGCGGAGCACGAUGGGAUGCCUUAUUGCCACAAACCUUGCUACGCUACUCUCUUUGGACCAAAAGGCGUGAACAUUGGGGGGGCAGGCUCCUACAUAUAUGACACGCCACCCCCAACCCCCGUCAACACAUCCAUGGAGAGCCCAUCUGAUGGUUCUCCCACCACCCCCUGGACCACCGGCCAGAUAAUCCGACAGCCACCCAAAGCUGCACCUCCCUACAUCAAGACCUUUGCGGGAGAGACGUCACACUGUCCCGGGUGCGGAAAAGUGGUAUAUUUUGCGGAGAAGGUGAUGUCACUCGGCAGGAACUGGCACAGACCUUGUCUGCGUUGUGAGCGGUGCAAGAAAACGCUGACAUCUGGUGGUCAUGCUGAGCAUGAGGGUAAGCCUUACUGCCAUGUGCCAUGCUACGGGUACCUGUUUGGACCAAAAGGUGUGAACAUCGGAGAGGUUGGCUGCUACAUCUACGAUAAAGACACAGAACAGAAUGGAGUUUCAAACCAGUCGUAACUUCCCAGAUAUGAGGCUGGAUGUUAAAGGUGCUUUUUUGUCCUCUGUCCAAAGUAAAGCACUACCAGCCUCUACUACUGUAAUUAUAUAGGAAAUAUUGGAGAAAUUAAAUGUUUUUUUUAAUUGUCAUUGGACUAAAAAUUUUUUUUUUCUUAUUGAGUCAUUCUGGUGAAUCACAUUCUAUUUUUCUGUAAUGUGACUGUAAUGCGUGCUUAUUAAACUAAAAAUGGAUUCUUAACCUUUUAAUCGUUAUUGGCACUCGCACUCACGGCUUGAUUACUUUUACAAUAUUAAAAGGUAUGCAUAUGAACUUUCUGUUUUACUUUCAAUGGAUACAGUGUAGACAUCACUGAACUUGGUAAAAACCAGGUGUGUACAAGAGUGAUUUAUAUACUGUUUUCGCUUAUUUUUUCUACUGUAAAUGUGAGUCGUAUAAAUGCCCUCUCUUCAAAAGACAAAGAACAAAAACAGGAAAGGAUUAAGGAAAUGUUUUGUGAAUAACUGACAAAUUGUUAUUUUUGGGUAAACUGAGCUACCUGCGAUGAUCACGGAAGUAACAGGAAUUCUGCUAAAUUUCACCUAAGCGCUGACAUUCACAGCCUGUGAGGUGAUGUUGGCUCGCUAGUCGACAGGCGCUGCAGCUCUACUGUUAAUUAAGUGCUGUACUGUGGAGGAGAUGUUUGGGGGUAAGGAUGUCUAAAGUUCACAUCAGCCUUUCCGAAAGGAAGGAGACCGCUUUUGUGGUCCAACAGUUUCUGCUCAUAGAACUUAGCUAUCCAUCCUCCACAUUGCAUACAGCCUCGUGGAAUAUUUCAGAAAAAUCCAUUUAUCACCAUAGUCCUCAUUUUUCAUUCCAUCUUUUUUUAUACCAUCUCUGCAAUGGAUUAUAAAUAAACUUGAAUAAUAAAAAAUAAAGAUUUUUAACCCUGGUCUCAAUGA